AUGAAGUGGACUUGUCGUCGGGAUGCACUGCCUCCGCAGCAGCAAUUGCAGCAGCCCGUCUUCUGUGCACCGAAGGGAGGCCUUCCAGCCUUGUCUGCGAUACGCGAGUGCGGAGAAAGGCAGCUUCUUUUGCCUGCUCCCGCAGCGGCAUGGGCGCAGGUACACCGCAAGACGCAUGACGCUCUACCACCAGCCGUGCAAGCUGAAUCGCCUUCUUCGCGUGAAGGGCCCCUACCAAAGAGAGCAGGCACAAAAAGCAGCUCCUCCUCUUCGCCGAAAGCUCCAGCAGACGGCGCUGUAUAUCCUCCGUCUCCCUCGUCACGCUGGCGAUCUAGAGAUGACCUCAAGCUGGCUUUGAACUCAUCAGGAGAGGAGGAGAGCAACAGCAGCAGCAGCAGCAACAGCAGCAACAGCAACAGCAGCAGCAACAGCAGCAGCAACAGCAACAGCAGCAACAGCAACAGCAACAGCAGCAGCAGCAACAGCAGCAGCAACAGCAACAGCAGCAGCAACAGCAACAGCAACAGCAACAGCAGCUGCCAGAGCAGAAAUUGCAGCAACUCCGCGUGGUUAGCGCUAGACUUGCGAGGCUUGUUGACGCGGCAGUAUCUGUGGGAAGGCACUUGGGUUCAUGAGAGGCUAUUGGGGGGGGCGAGUCUCCUGAAGCCUUUCGCCAUCUCAGACUCCUUGAGGGAUCUUUUCGUCAAGUGCUGCAGCGCAGAUCCAAGCCUACCCACCCGAACGCUACGCGGGAGUGCAACAGCAUCGGGGGAGGUGGAAAGCGGUGUCUGCGCUGCUGCUGCCGCUGCUGCUGCUGCUGCUGCUGCUGCUGCUGCUGCUGCUGCUGCUGCUGCUGAGACGCGCAGGCCUGUAGCAAGGAUUCGUCCUCCUGCAUCGCCCCUUCAGCCCUCCGAAUUGAAGGAGCGCUCGCUGGCUGGACCGUGUUAUCACCCACACGCCUGGUGCAGCAGCAGCAGCAGCAGCAGUCUUCCUGGGAGCGGCUCUCGAGAAUGCACGCGGCGUCUUGAAGGCUCAAGCCGCCUCGAUUCUGGCACUCCUCGUUACUGCGUGUGGUCGGUAUCAACGGUGCUGACGGCGAGGGAAGCGCUGCAACGACUUGACAGGGAGAUGCGGAGCGACUUGUGCGUAUUCCAGAAGAAGGUACAGACAGCCGAGCGACAGAGGCAGCAGCUGCACCGCACUCUGCACAGGCAUCAGCAGAAGCUCGAUCGUCUGCUGCUCGAAGAAGAGGCAGCAGUGCAGCAGAAAACUGCCGCGGCAGCGGAGCUGGAGGCAGCCCUCGUUGCUUCAGGAGCUAAAGUGCCGCAGAAUGCCUUCGCGGAAACACUUGCCUGUCUCUCGCCAGCAGCAGCUGCUGGAGAGGGCCUUCCCCGAACUGCCGCAGCAGCGGCUGCUGCUGCUCUACUUCCCCCUGCCGAAGUGUCUCUCGCGAAAGCAGCAGAGAGAGAGACAGUCGCGGCGUCUGGCUUGUCUGCGGAAAGCGCAGAAGACACAGACGGAACGAAGGCCGACUGCGCUCGCGCGGUGACGCGACGACGAGGGGAAGUCGAGGGUGAAGGAGGCUCAGUAGCAGCAGCACAGGCUUCUGCGGCAGUGGCGACAGAAAGCGGGGAAACAGUCUUGGAUCCAGCCUCUCUGGGGAGAAGAAGGCAUCAUGGAAUUCGCGCGGUGCUGACUGCCGUGCGCUGGUCGUCUAGGAGCGCGUCAGCCAAGCAAAAGAGCCGGAGACACUCAUGCAUGGCGCAGACGACGACGACAACGACCCCUUCAAGACAAGCGCAGUCGUGCAGACAGCGGGAGGCUUGCCGAGGGGGGCAAGAGGCGCAUGCUGGAAACAGCCUGCCCGCCGAGUGCAGGGAGAAACAGAAUGGAGACGAGGAUGGCAUGGAAAACGCGAGCAGCAAAGAACUCCACCGAAGCGAGGCAAUCGCAGCAGAGGCGAAUCCGAGGGAGCAGUCAGAAGACGUUGGAGACAAUUUCAAAUCCCACAGUCGAUUUGGAGGCGCCUACGCAAGGAACUUGACGGGGCCGCUCUUGAAGAAGGUUGCUGCCUCUGAGCGGCUCUCGUCAAGGACCAGGGCAGCAGUGCUGCAGCAGCGGGAGGUUUGCUACGCGAUGGCAGUGGAUAUCCGAGAAUUGACGGAAGCGAAGAACAGGAUGCAGCUCUCCAUGAGUACUUUCAUUGAAUGCCAAGAAGACAAGCGAAGAGGCCUUGCACGAAAUCUGCUUCAGCAGGCUCUAUGGCUAGGGGUUCUCCCGUGCGCUGCCUCCGCAGUGCUCUUGGCCUUUUUAGCUUGUGUUUGCACUCUGGGAGGCGGUCUCCCUGGCGUUUAG